AUGUCAGACAUCGCCGGGUGUGAGUUCGAAAUCGACGUAGAGAGUUUGGAGACGGAGAGCGACGACCCGGCCGACUCCGCCAGCAGGCCCGGCUCUGUGCCGCUCGGCGCUGCCGCCUCGGAGGACGACGGAGACAGCGGUAAAGGCGACGAGAAGCCGGGCCCCAGCGGCCUAUGUGGAGGGGACCAGAGGAAGCUGAGCCGGACGCCAAAGUGCGCACGCUGCAGAAACCACGGCGUGGUGUCCUGUCUGAAAGGACACAAGCGCUUCUGCCGCUGGAGGGACUGCCAGUGCGCCAACUGCCUGCUGGUGGUGGAGAGACAGCGCGUGAUGGCUGCACAGGUGGCCCUGAGGAGGCAACAAGCCACGGAGGAUAAGAAAGGAAUUCCUGGAAAACAAAUUCCAUCAGAGAGGAGAACGAUAUAUCAGCGACACAUUCGACCGUCCACCAUGCUCGCCAAAAGCAUCCUGGAAGGAUAUCGUCCGGUGCAGUCUGAUCCAUUCUUAGCAGCUAACCCAUCUCUACCGCCACCUUUGAGUGACCGCAUGAGAAAGAGGAGGGCUUUUGCCGACAAGGAGCUUGAAACCAUCAUGCUGGAGAGGGAAUACAAAGAGAGAGAGCUGCUAGAGAACAGCCAGGCACCCACAACUUCACUACUCUUCCCAAACAACAUGGUCCACCACGCCGCAGAAUACAACUCAUAUAAAACGGCGUACUCGCCUGCUGCUCAGGCUGAGCCACAGCCCAAAGAGCUUUGCAACUUCCUGAAUCCAGCCUGCCUGGAUCUGUCUAUGCAGUACCCUGCUAGCUCUACCAACGUCGAACUCAUUGCCUCCAACGUCAGUGUGGCCACCACCUACCGCCACUACCCACUUCAGCCACAUCGAGGAGGCUUCAUGAUGUGGCCCCGUGGUGCAGCUAACCUGGGUGAUGCCCUCCUCUACCAGCAGUGUCUGUUCAACGCUACAGCAGUUCAGAACAUGAAGCCGGGUGCAGUGUGGGAGCCAAAAGCAAUGCCUGCAGAGAGUCAGCUGCCAGAGCAGGAGGCAGCUCUUGCUGCUAAACUAGAGGGAUCCCGGGCAGCUGCUCAGCAGGAGUCUUCGGACCCUCGAGGGGCUGAUCCUAAACCUCCUGUAGUCACUCAGGGGGGUCAGAGAGAGUGCUCAGCCUUCUCUCCACCUAAGAGAAGCUUUGGACAAUCCUUCCCCAACAACUCUCAUUCCCACAACUCCAGCCAAGUCCUGAACAAGCUGAGCAAGGACAGCGCUAAGCUCUCCAUGAAACUCAACUCCUUUCACUCCCUCAUCCAGCAUUCGCUGAGUGAAAAAAACAUGAGUGGCGCUGGGCAGGAGCUGAGGGCACCAUACUGCAAAGAGCUUUUAGAGGAGGCCGCGCGAAAGUUCAGAGAAGGCUCUACGAAAGACAUUCAGGCAAUCAAAAUGAGCGACAGGUAUGCCAAAGACUUUCUGUCCAAGCCCGUGGGUACCAAGAUGGCAUCCAGCGAGUCUUUGUCUUUCUCUGUCGAGGCCAUACUGAAGAGACCUGCACCUGCAAUGAAUCGAGCAUUCCAUUAA